AUGGGUGGUUUCAUGCUUUAUGUGGAUGGGGAACCCUGCCUCACCCUACGCCCUGAUUACAUUCUUAAAUUGAUACAUGAAAGGUGUGCAUAUAUUGAUGUCCCUACCCUAACAAAAAGCCAGAUUCAAGACAAGAACAAAGGUAAUGCGAUAUCGAAAGGAUUCGUGAUGUUUCAGGUGGCCUGGUCUGUUAUGCAGCUCUAA